AUGCAUCAAUCAAAGCCCGUUGAUACCCCUGUUGAAAAGGGUCGAUAUUUAUCACUUGAUCAAUGCCCUAAGACAGACGAAGAAAGAAAUAGGAUGAGCAAGGUUCCCUAUGCCAGUGCAGUUGGGAGUCUGAUGUACACUAUGUUGUGUACUCGUCCUGACAUCUGUUUUGCAGUUGGCCUAGUGAGCCGAUAUCAAAGUAAUCUAGGUCUUACCCACUGGGAAGCCGUGAAAAGAAUAUUUCGUUACCUUCGUGGAACCACAGAUCUAAUCCUCUGCUAUGGUGGAGGAAACCUAAAACUAACUGGAUUCAGUGACGCUGAUUGGGCCAGUGAUAGAGACGAAAGAAAAUCCACUUCUGGAUAUGUGUUUAUCCUUAGUGGAGGAGCAAUAUCUUGGUGUAGCAAAAAGCAGAGCUGCAUCGCUCUAUCAACAAUGGAAGCUGAAUACGUUGCAUGUUCAGUUGCAGUCCAGGAGGCCGUCUGGUUAAGGCGUUUUUUACGACAUCUCGAGGCUACCUCUCAGAUUGAAAAGCCUGUUGAGAUUUUCUUCGAUAGCAUGUCUGCCUUGGAGUAUGCAAAGAAGCCCAAGUAUCAUGGGAAGAUAAAGCUUAUUUGUCACGCCCCGUCCCAGGAACGUGACUUAUUGACAACACGUGUGUGCACCCACGUGCUGCCACCUAAAACACCAAGACUCAAAUACCAUUAA